AUGACCAUCACUGAACAACCGAAUAAUGACCUGCUCUUUUGUACAGAUGGUCAUGUGGGUCAUAAUUGGUUUUUGGUGCAUAACACGUUUAGAAAGUGUUCAUUGUGUAGGACUCGGAAGUUACGUUUAUGGACCACGAUGUUCAAGUGCAGAGAAUGUAAGUUAUUAUGUCACAGAAAAUGUUUUUCCAAACUCGUUGACGAGAAUAUGGACGUAACAGAGGCACCUGAUGCAUUACCUGCAACGAAUGCACUGGAUGCAAUGCCUGCUGCAACGGAGACACCGGAUGCAAUUAUACCUGCAACGGAGGCACCGGAUGCGAUAACUACAACCGCAAGUCACCAACAGCUCACCGAACCAUUGCAGCAAGUACGGCGCAUGAUAUACGUAGUAAUUAUUAGUGAGGUACCCUCUAGUACAGAACCAAUCGACGGACAUGCAAUUGCAAUUUUUCUAAAGAAACGGAUAUUGAGGCACAUCAAUUAUUCGGAGUUGGUCGCCAGGGUCCGGGCUGCAAAAUACGCCCAACGGCCGUUUCCCGUGGUAAAUUGUAUCGACAGUAGUUAUAUCUUAUGGGGCAAAGAAAUCCACUUGAUCACCAAGUUCGAAAUGGACGACGGUGACGACUACUACGUUAUAACGAUAUGUUACGACCGUUGUCGAAACGGAAAUCAGUACAUCGGAAAAACCAUUUUCAUUUACAGCCCAUCGAAACCGCACGAAACGGUAAGAGUCUUAAAAAUGCUAUGGUAUAGACCACACUUGGCCAGAAUACAAAGUGCCGACCGCGGUAACGGCAAUCCGCAGUGGUUUAGCGGCGUCGUGAUCUACGGUGUAGAAAAAAUAUAA